ACAAUUUUUUAAUAUGGCGGAAGCAUUGACUGACCGCCGUUCGGACGUCUGGUUUUUUGUCACGAAUUUAGGAGUUUGUCGCUAAUUAUUCUUAUUUUUGAAGAUAAAUUAUUAAUUCUUAUUAGUUGUGCUUGAAAGAUAUUGUAGUGUGAAAUAAAGUGUGCAUUCGGAAAACGCUUAAUCAGCGAUAAAAAUGUCCAAACGUGGCGGCUACGGGGCGGACGAGGACAGUCCGCCCACGCCCUCUGACGAUGACUCCGAUUUCGAUGAUGAUGAGGACCCGGACAAUUUGGAAGUGCCAGGUGGGGGUAAAACCCUCGCGGCGGCCGCACGCAUCGGAACAGAGAAAGGGAAACCCCUUGCCACGCCCACGGUUACGGUCAAACCCACCACCAACCCCCUAGCAGCGGCCAGUGGUCUGGCAUUUGGGCAAGUGGCCAAUGCUAUGAAACCCAUCAAAAUAUCGGCAAGCUCGCUGAAACCUCUUCCACUAGGAAUCAGCCGCGGCGGCGCAGCUGGCGGGCCGGCGGGCGCUCCGCCCUUCCCCGGGGGCUCCGCCGCGGCCUACAGCGCGGCCUCGCUGCUGGCGCAGAUGGAGAUGGUGGGCAUGUCGGGCAUGAACCCGUACCUGCUGCAGAACCUGAACCAGAUCCUGGCGUCGGGCAUGGGCGGCCCGCUGGCGGGAAUGCUGGGCCAGCUGGCGCAGCUGCCCGCCUGGGGGCCGCACAAGGGCAUGAUGUGGCAGCCCGAGAAGAUGUCAGGAGACGAGGAGGAGGUAGACGACGAGGAGAUGGGGGUGGCUGAAACAUACGCAGACUAUAUGCCGCUCAAAUUGAAACUAGGCCGGAAGCACCCGGACCCAGUAGUCGAAACAGCCUCUCUAUCUUCCGUAGAGCCAGUAGACGUGUCGUACAAGCUCAGCCUGCCAGAUGAGACCAUACGGAGUGGCCAGCUGUCAGCGUUGCAGCUGGAAGCCAUAGUGUAUGCGUCACAGGCGCACGAACAUAUGUUGCCUGAUGGAUCGAGAGCUGGCUUUCUUAUUGGCGACGGCGCGGGGGUGGGCAAGGGGCGCACGAUCGCGGGCAUCAUCUUCGAGAACUGGCUGCGCGGGCGCAAGCGCGCCAUCUGGGUCUCCGUCUCCAACGACCUCAAGUACGACGCCGAGCGGGACCUGAGGGACAUCGGGGCUAACAUUGAAGUGCAUCCGCUCAAUAAGUUCAAAUACGCGAAGAUAUCAUCCUCCGUGAACGGCAACGUGAAGAAGGGCGUGGUGUUCACGACGUACUCCGCGCUGAUCGGGGAGACGCAGUCCUCCACCACCAAGUACAGGACGCGGCUCAAGCAGCUGCUGCAGUGGUGCGGGGAGGACUUCGACGGAUGUAUCGUAUUCGACGAAUGCCACAAAGCGAAGAACCUGUGCCCGGUGGGUUCUGGCAAGGCCACGAAGACGGGGCUGACGGCGCUGGAGCUGCAGUCGCGGCUGCGGCGCGCGCGCGUGGUGUACGCGUCCGCCACCGGCGCCUCCGAGCCGCGCAACAUGGCCUACAUGGUGCGCCUGGGCAUCUGGGGCGACGGGACUCCCUUCCCCACCUUCAUGGACUUCAUCAACGCUGUGGAGAAGAGGGGCGUGGGGGCUAUGGAGAUCGUGGCGAUGGACAUGAAGCUACGGGGCAUGUACAUCGCUCGACAGCUGUCUUUCCAUGGCGUCUCCUUCAAAAUAGAAGAAGUUCCUCUGUCAGACUCCUUCAAGAAGACGUACGAUGAAUCUGUAGCUUUGUGGGUGGAGGCCAUGCAGCGGUUCACAGAAGCCGCGGAGCUGAUAGACGCCGAGCCCCGCAUGAAGAAGACCAUGUGGGGCCAGUUCUGGUCGGCGCACCAGCGGUUCUUCAAGUACCUCUGCAUCGCUGCCAAGGUGAACCACGCGGUGGUGACGGCGCGCGAGGCGGUGAAGUGCGGCAAGUGCGUGGUGAUCGGGCUGCAGUCCACCGGCGAGGCGCGCACGCUGGACCAGCUCGAGCGCGACGACGGCGAGCUCUCGGACUUCGUCUCCACCGCCAAGGGCGUCUUCCAAACAUUGGUUGAGAAACACUUCCCCGCGCCGGACAGGAACCGCAUCAACCGCCUGCUGGGACUCGAACCCAACAAGCCAAAGCCGAAGCCUGUCGCGCCCGCGCCCUACGCCAACGGGGACAACGCCAACACCUCCAAGAGGAAGAUGACCGCCCGCCAGCAAGUGAACUUCGCGGCCAAGCGCGCCCGCGGCGGCUCCUCCUCGGACGAGUUCGUGCGCGGCUCCGAGGAUGAAAUAGAGCCCGAAUCGGACGCCGAGCGCCACUCGGACUCCGACCUCUCCGACUUCAACCCCUUCCGCGCUGGCAGCGACUCGGACGACGAGCCAUGGGCGCGUAAGAAGAAAGUGGCAAAGAAGAAGAAGGUGGCAACGCCGAAGAAGAAGCCGUCGUCGACGCAGGACAAGAUAGAGACGAUGCUGGAGCGCAAGACCAGCGGGCCGGUGACCGUGGUCACCCCCGCCGGGGACCUCACCGGCACCAGGGUGGGCACCAACGGGAUUUAUCUCGGCCCCAGCCGCAGCCAGCCGCCGCCGCGCUCGGCCAUCGAGCGCGCGUGCAGUAUGAAGGAGGAACUGCUCAUGAAGAUAGAACGACUCGGCAAGCGACUGCCGCCGAACACGCUCGACCAGUUGGUCGACGAGUUGGGCGGCACGGAGAAUGUGGCCGAAAUGACGGGGCGCAAAGGGCGCGUGGUGCAAACUGAGGACGGACAGAUACUGUACGAGAGCCGGUCCGAGGCGGACGUGCCGCUGGAGACGCUCAACCUGACGGAGAAGCAGCGCUUCAUGGACGGCGAGAAGGACGUGGCCAUCAUCUCCGAGGCGGCCUCCAGCGGCAUCUCCCUGCAGAGCGACCGCAGGGCGCGGAACCAACGCAGACGCGUGCACAUCACGCUGGAGCUGCCGUGGUCCGCGGACAGAGCCAUCCAGCAGUUCGGCCGCACGCACCGCAGCAACCAGGUCAAUGCGCCGGAGUACAUCUUCCUCAUUUCCGAUCUGGCCGGGGAGAGGAGAUUCGCCUCCACUGUCGCUAAGAGGUUGGAAUCGCUCGGUGCGUUGACACACGGCGACAGACGAGCCACUGAAACCAGGGAUCUUAGUCAGUUCAACAUUGAUAAUAAACAUGGUCGCACGGCGCUGGAGACGGUGAUGAAGGCGAUAAUGAAGUACGAGUCUCCGCUGGUGCCGCCGCCGCGGGACUACCGCGGGGAGUUCUUCCAGGACGUGGCGUCGGCGCUCGUCGGCGUCGGGCUCAUCGUCAACAGCGAGGCCGCGCCCGGCGUCCUCUCGCUGGACAAGGACUACAAUAACAUGUCGAAGUUCCUGAACAGAAUACUAGGAAUGCCGGUGGAGCUUCAGAACAGGCUGUUCAAAUACUUCACGGACACGCUCACCGCCGUCAUGGAGCAAGCCAAACGCAGCGGGCGCUUCGACCUGGGCAUCCUGGACCUGGGCAGCGCGGGCGAGAGCGUGCGACGCGCGCGCUGCGUGCGCUUCCUGCGCCGGCACGCCACCGGCCAGGCGCACGUCGAGCUGCACACCGUGCACUCGGAGCGCGGCAUGGACUGGGCGGAGGCGCUGGAGAAGUGGUCCUCGCACUCGGGGACGCUGGACGGGUUCUACCUGUCGCAGCAGCCCCGCAACAACAAGCACACGGCCGUGUUGUGUCUGUCUGUGUCCGUGUCCCAGAAACACGACAAGCUGCAUAAGAGGGAGCACAUGUUCCAGAUUUACAGGCCAAACACAGGGCUCCAACUGCGACUGGAGUCUCUCGCGGAAAUAGAGAAGAAAUACAAGAAGGUGGACAGCCUCGAGGCGGAGACCUCGUGGCGGGCGCAGCACGAGGCCAGCGUGCGCGUGUGCUCACACGCGUACUGGAGGGGCGUGUGUCGCGCUGCCGACUGCGAGGUGGGCCUGCGGCGGCGCACGUACCACGUGCUGUCGGGGUCGGUGCUGGGCGUGUGGGCGCGCUGCGAGGCGCUGCUCAGCGCGCGCUCGCUGCACAACCGCAUGCAGGUCGUGCGGAUCAAAACCGAGGAGGGGCUCAAGAUCGUCGGCACGGUGAUCCCAAAGAACUGCGUGGAGCCUAUAAAGGAAGCGCUGUCUGCAGACGCGGUGUCAGUCACGGAACUGAACCUGGACACGGACGGGCUCAAGUGAACCCACCGACCACUACACGUUAGCGCUAACCCCAAUAUAUAGUUCCUCUGUCUCUUUCUUUACUCGCGGGGUGUGACGGAGAGAUACCAAGAAGCUUAAAACCAAGACUACAGAUAAGUACUCCAUAAGGUUUUAAACUCCUUGGCCGAUAGUCAAUUAUCGAACGGUGACGACUGAAUUUUUUAUUAGCCUUACGCCGCGCCCGAUUUUGCCAAUUUGAAUUUAUUUGUGGCCAGUACUAUAAUCGCGGACCAGCUUGAAAAAUAUUGGUGUAUAUUUUUUUUUUUAGGGCUGCGCAAUGGCCGGAUUUGAGACCUGUAAGGUUCUUUUAAGUCUUUAACGUGAUCUAUGUAUGCACUAGUGCAUAAGCUGAUUUUAAGUGCUUUAUUAUUUUAACUUUAUUUAUCUGCGUUAGAUAUUUUAGUACAUUUCUUUUUUGACUCAUUUGGGGAUUAUACACUGCGUAGUGUUGGAAUUUUUCUAAAAACACUUAUUUAAUUCAAUGUUGUGCACAAUAAAUAUAUGCCAAAUCAUGUUUAGAUUUUAAAUUGUACGCAGUGUAGACUCCCGUUUAGGCUAUUACACGACACAGAAAGGUGAAGGUGUGUUUUCAUGGAUGCGAAAAACUUCCGCACUCAAUUAAAUUACUUCUGGGCAAGUCAUUUCUGUUAAUUCGCAUCUGUGAAAAUGCACCUUCAACUUGGCACGAAAUAUUCGUAGUAGGGGGUUGUAUACGAAUUAUCGAAUUUUAAUUUUUGUACAAACAUGUUUUAUUUAAAUGUCUAUUGCUGUAUUAUGCUGGUUGAAUGCGAAUGGACGUUCCAAGGCGCCAUCUUUGAUACUCGACCAAUGACGAUCGCUAUUGCUAAGCAACGAAACAAAAUGGCGGCUUGUCAAUGACAUUGACAUUUGACUAGCAUUAGUAGUCAAAUUGUUUUAUUAACUUUACCUGCAAAUUCCAAUUCAGCGAAUGUAACAUAAUUUAUAGUAAGUAAUGGUAAUAUUGUAUGUGUAUUGACUUUAAAAAGUAUAUUUAUAACUUGUGAAACACUUGAUAUUAGCGUGCAAUACACGGCCACUGUAUGCUCCCGUGGUACUGUAUAAAUGGCGCUGUUUUAUUUUCAAAAUUGCGUCUUUUUAAUUAUUCAAACAUUAUUUAAUUAGACUUACACAAUACAGAGAUACAUAUAAAAUCAUCAGUCCUUAUCAUUUUUACUUUCAAUCACUUAGACCACUGCUCAUUGUACUUCCAUUGCUUUUUUGAUCAAUUGGUAGAAACGGUCUGAAUUCAGUACCUACUUCUAUAUAUCCAGCGAUAUAACGGCAUAUUUUACACCAUAAUAAUAACAAAACACGGUGAAUGUCACUAAAGUUGAUGAAGAUUUUUACGUAUGGUUCGCACUGUCUUUACGAGUAAGCAAUACUCGUACAUAAUUUUUACGAAAGUAACACAUAAUAAAUAACAUGGACAUUUGAUGUCGCAGGCGCCGCCGCUAUUCAUAAUGUAGAUGUACUUCUCCCAAAAGUUCCUAAAAAUCAGCCUUAUACAUAAAACAUAACAUACAAUCCCACGGGAGUAUGCAACGAAAAGCUAUUUACACAGAAUCCUGUGUCUUAUUGUAAUAUUUUGUAGGACAGAGAAAAAUGACAAAUUAUAUUCCAAUGUUUGAAAUGAAAUAGAGAUCAGUUAUGAAACAUCUCAUAUUCUUGUCUGUAUGUCUUUAGUUAGUAUAUAAAGACGAAAAUAAAUGUAUAUAAUAAAUUA